AUGGAGUCAGACCCCAAGCCCAAAAGGGCUCCGCGUAAGCAUGUCACCACCGCUUGCGUUCCUUGUCGUGAGAGUAAGAUCCGAUGCGACGGAGCGACUCCCCAUUGCCAUAACUGUGAGCGAAAAGGCAAGGAAUGCAAAUACCAACAUGGGGACGACAAAAGGAAAGUGUCACUGCGAGCGGCGACAGAGCUCUUUUCCGCCCGAAUCGACCAACUGUGUCAGUUUAUAUACGAUCACGGGCUGGAACCACCCCUGAUGAACCCCGAGGAUGAGUCGGGCAUCAACAGAGUAUUGGAUACGCUUCAGAUUCCUCGAGGGUUGGCGAAACGCACGGAUUCUCAGAGCAGGCAACAUGCGCGCUCGCAAUCGGCCGCCACGCCGUCGCCGGCUCAAGAUACACCCGCCCCGUCUACGUUCGAUAGAAGGAUAGAUUCGAUUGAAAGUGUGGCCGGGGUUCCCUCUCCCGCGCAGAACGCAUUCCCUUCUGCGCACACAAUUCUUCCCGCGACCGAGAAAAGCCAGGAGACGAUGAACGCGCUCGGAGCUCAUCCUGGCUUGUCAAGCCACUAUCCGCCGCCAAGUUGGGGGUUCACUCUUCCCACAGCGGAGAGCCUCGACACUAUCUACGCGAAUAUCAAUGGCGCACCAAACGGUUCACAUGAGAAUAGUCUCAGUCCCGACAGCUUCCACUUGUCCCAAGAUAUGCAACAGCAACCCGGUGUGCUGUUGGGGCAAACAUGGAAUAAUAGGGAUUAUGACUCGGACAGCGGGGAAGAAGACGAGGCUGAAAAGGAUGUCAUCGAGCAGAUCUCGAAUCGAAUCGGCACGUUGAAAAUUGCCGGGGAUGGUCAUUUGCGCUUCUACGGGGCCACUUCGAACCUGAACUUGGUGGAUGUCUCGGCUACGCAGCAACGUCAACGCCCUGACGCGCGCACUGUUCGUCAUGACGGACAGGAUAUCCUGAAUCACCUGCGCGUUGGACAGCCUGUGGAUCAAGCUCUUGAGGAUCAUCUCGUGGAGCUGUAUUUUACAUGGCAGAACCCAAGCACUUAUGUCGUGGAUAAGGAGAUGUAUAUGAUUGCCAGGUCGAAGUGGCGUAAUGAGCUUGACGAUACUCCAUUCUACUCGGAGGUUCUUACAAACGCAAUGUGCGCCAUCGGUAGUGCCUUCGAGGCACGGUAUCAUCCGACCUUUAUCACUUUCCCCAAGUCAUUAUCCGAAUUCUUUGCAGACAGAGCCAAGGCUCUGCUUGAAAUUGAGUUAGACUCGCCGUGUGUCGCCACAGUACAGGCACUCGUCAUCUUGAGUUGCCAUGAAGGAUCAUCUAACCGCGAUGCGCGUGGUUGGCUGUAUAGCGGAAUGUCCAUGAGGCUUGCAUUUGACCUUGGGUUACACAUUGACAUGACGCCGUAUGUGGAAAAGGGAGACAUCAGCGCUUUUGAAGCCGAUGUACGGCGAACAGCGUUCUGGGGGAGCUACACAGCGGAUCACUUCUGGGGUUUCUACCUAGGUCGACCGUUCCGGAUGAACGCGGGCGAUAUCACCGUUCCGAAACCUGCGUCGGGCCUGGGAAUAGGGAAAGAAAGCACAUGGUACCCAUACGGACUACCAGGGGAUCUAGAACCUUCGAAAAAUGGGGUUAGAAAUCCCAACGAACUUGUAAGCAGACAGUUCGCUGUCCUCUGGGAGCUAAUCUCUCCCGUUGGUCAUAUUCUGUAA